AUGACGCCAACCGUCAAACUCUACACGCCUCUGGAGCGGUCCUUCCUGCUCGUUCUCGUUAUGGUGCCUCAACUAGCCCCUUCAAUGGCUUCCCAACUUAACAGAAGGAGCGUUGUAGCAUUUAGACGCUCAACACUGAAGGAGUGGCCUGUGUUUUGUUAUCGUGUUUUUUUCUUUCCCUGCUUUGUGAGAACAACGGCGACGAAGAACAACAACAACAACAACAACAACAACAACAACAACAACAACAACAACAACAAGAAGAAGAAGGAAGAAGAAGGCAAGGACGACGAUGACAACGACGACGAUGACAACGACAGCGAUAGACCUUUGGGUCCAUUUGGUGACUGGUGUGCUCUACACCAUAAGCAUCCCCCUCGUCCUGGUUCAGGAUCCGGGGCCCAAGCCAAGAAGAAGAAGCAGCAGCAGCAACAGUAG